CUUUGAUAUUUUCCUUGGGUUCUGGCCUGUGUACUUCAUCCUCUCUCCCUUUCUCUUUCUCUCGAAAUUUGUCGCCCUCCUGUUAUCUUGUCCCGUAUUCUCACCGCCGUAUUCCUUUCUUUCAUCUCGAUAGCAUCCUUCUAUCUUCAAAAUGGCCGACGACGCGCAGCAUGAACACACCUUCGAGUCUGCCGAUGCCGGUGCCUCGGCCACCUACCCUAUGCAAUGUUCCGCCUUGAGAAAGAACGGUUUCGUUGUCAUCAAGGGUCGCCCAUGCAAGAUCGUCGACAUGUCCACCUCCAAGACUGGAAAGCACGGUCACGCAAAGGUUCACUUGGUCGCUCUCGAUAUCUUCACCGGCAAGAAGUUGGAAGAUCUCUCUCCUUCCACCCACAACAUGGAGGUUCCCAAUGUCACUCGUCGUGAAUACCAGUUGCUCGAUAUCACUGAUGAUGGUUUCUUGUCCCUUAUGUCCGAUGAUGGGUCUACCAAGGAUGAUGUCAAGAUGCCAGAAGGUGAAGUUGGUGACAAGAUCGAGAAGCUUUUCCGCACCGAUGAGAAGGACACCAAUGUCAUUGUCUUGACUGCCAUGGGCGAGGAAUGCGCCAUGGAUGCCAAGGAGGCUCCCAAAUAAAUUGGUUGAAGCCCACGACAGACUCGCGACAUCUUCUCGUGUCUACGACCUACUUGUUAGGGUGCAUGACGAUGAUUUCGCUUAUGAGAACACGAUAGGUGUCAGGGCAGUCUCUAUUACGACCAUCUAGCUGGCAACGUUAUCCAGACCUUGCCGAAAGUUGGUAUGGACUAUAGAUCUGUGACUUCGGCCUGAAAAAGCAAUUUUCCAUCAGUCACGAAUUCAAUAGCCUCCAAGCAUUGCAUUUCGAAUUCUUGGUAGUUAGACAAAUGCAAGCAAUUAAACCACUUA